AGCAUUCUUUCUAAGAUGACACCAUGAAUCAGACUGUUAUAUUGAGUUCCAAUUGGUUGACAAGCUUGUCAUGAGUUCCCUUAUAGCUCGUGAUUGGCUUCUGACAAAGAAAGAGCUGUGGUAGCGGCACAGUGUUUAAAAGAUUAGUAAUAGUUAUAGGAGAUAUCACGAGAUUAGAACAUGGCCAUAAAUUAGCCGCACCGCUGCAUAAGCCACAGGGUUCAAAGGUUAAAAAAAAGUAGCCGCUUGUACACUGGAAAUUAUGGUAUUUUACUAUUUUAAAGAGUGCACAGAUGUGUUGUGACUUCAGUGAAGGCUAAAGAUUUAUUUGACAUUUCACCAGAGACACUGUGUUCCAGUGUGCUCUCAUCUUCCUUGAUCACAAUGACACAUGCUGCACUUCAUGUGUGACAUUUGCAGUGUAUGAUUAAUAACUGCAUGAAACAGUUAUUGCUCAUCUGGUGUGAAUCUGAUGCAGCAGUUUGGACUCAAUGCACGGCAUCUUCCAAGGCAAGCUGAUGAAGUGAUACACGUAAUAUAACAGCCGGCGCUGAGUUUUUAGCUUUUAGAGUGAAUUCACAAGUCACGUGAGCGUGCAUGUCCUCUGAGAACUGUGUGUGUCAUACUGUAGUGUCUGGCUCAUGAGUCUUUUGUUUGAGCCCACUGUCGGCAAAGGAGGAGGUUGGGAGUCGGGGGUGGCAGUGACAAUGAAAAGAGCAGUUCAAACGGAGAAAUGAGCAAAUGCACUGAAAGGCUGCUUUUAUAGAGGAGCACCACCCUGGAUGGGACAACGUCAUUAUGAUAACCGGGACUGAUUUGUCGUGAUUGCAGUGAGCCUUCUACAUCAGCCGCUCCCACAAACACACUCACCCGGUGACAGAUGUGGAGUCCAAGGAUGAGAGGGGGUGUGAUGUUAGCCUGAGCGAGAUUACCACUCUCAUCCCCCCCCCCCCGCCUUAAGCCACUGACCUCAUUUCCUGCCUGUUUGGGACACAAAUGAAGGGGCUUGCUGCCCUUAAUGGAAGUGGGAUGUUGGUAGAAUGUGUGCAAAAACAACAAGUCAUGAUCUCUUGUGCCUCAAUUUCAUCAAUGAUGGGAUUAAAAUCAAAUUUAGUCCCUGAGUGUGAAUAGUGGAACACUAAACCCUCCUUCUGUUGAACUGAUGAUUAUCAGUUUGGACCUUUCUGCAUAGUUUUUUUAAACUGCGUCUGUGUUGUUCCUAAUUCCAAUGUGAUUGCUGCUGCUGUUGUUGGGAGUCAGACUGCUGCUGCUGUUGUUGGGAGUCAAAGAAUGUGAUUAGGCUGUGUUUUACACUUCAAAAAUGGGAAUGGCAAUUUUUAAAAGAAAAAAAAAACUUUAGCUGUGGUUGAAGUUCCUUUUUGUUGCUGCAGUUGUCAUUCAUUGCCUGGUCAAAAAAAGGGUUCCGCACUCUAAUAUUUCAUUGUACCACGUUUAGCUUUGCUUACAGGAUGCGUUCACUGUGGCAUGGUAACUGCAAGCAUCUGCAAUGUCACAUUUGUUUCUGUCCUGAGUUGCAUUGUUUUUUUUGCCAAAACCUUUUAUUGAUAACUGAAGAUUUGGACCACCGUGCAAAUCUUUAGUGCGUGUGUUUUGCAGCCUUGGUACUGAUCUUAUUUUUAAAUUUCAUAUUUUGAUCAUGUACAUAUUGUCAAGGAAGAGCAAGACCAUCUGAAGUGAGCCAACAUUUCUGCCUGAGUACAACAGAAGAGCCCACCCCUUAAUUAAUUGUGUCCACAGGAAGAUCUGUGUGCACUGCAAGUGUGUGCGAGAGGAUCAUGCCGUGCGCUCAAUGCCAGGCCAGCUGGAAAAGAUGAUGACAAAGUUGGUGUCCGAUUUUCAGAGACACUCCAUCUCCGAUGACGACUCGGGCUGCGCCUCUGAGGAGUAUGCGUGGGUUCCGUCUGGACUCAAACCUGAGCAGGUUUAUCAGUAUUUCAGCUGCUUGCCAGAGGACAGGGUGCCCUAUGUGAAUAGCGCAGGGGAAAGAUACCGAAUCAAACAGUUGCUGCACCAACUUCCUGCCCACGACAGUGAGCCACAGUACUGCAACUCUCUAAAGGAGGAGGAGAAGAAGGAGUUACGUUUGUUCAGCCAACAGAGGAAACGAGACAACGUGGGCCGAGGCGUUGUCAGACUCUUCCCCGUCACCAUGACUGGAGCUGUCUGCAAGCAGUGUGGCAGAAAGAUCAACGGCGGAGACAUUGCAGUGUUUGCCAAUCGGGCGGGAAACGGCAGUUGUUGGCACCCUCAGUGUUUCCAAUGUGCCUGCUGCAGUGAACUGCUGGUUGACCUGAUAUACUUCUACCAAGACGGACAGAUCUAUUGCGGCCGUCAUCAUGCUGAGAGACUCAAGCCCCGAUGUCAAGCUUGUGAUGAGAUUAUUUUUGCGGAUGAAUGUACAGAAGCAGAAGGAAGGUUCUGGCACAUGAAGCACUUCUGCUGUUUUGAAUGUGAGGCACCAUUGGGCGGUCAGCGUUACAUCAUGAGAGAGUGUCGCCCAUACUGCUGCUCCUGCUAUGAGUCCCUGUAUGCAGAGUAUUGUGACACCUGUGGCGAACACAUUGGCAUCGACCAGAGCCAGAUGACAUAUGAGGGUCAACAUUGGCACGCAGUGGAGUUUUGUUUCUGCUGUGCUCGAUGUGGACUACCUCUGCUGGGACGCCCCUUCCUCCCUCGGAGGGGGCUUAUCUUCUGCUCCAGGUCUUGUUCACUUGGAGAGGACACCAAUAACUCCGACUCCUGUGACUCGGUACUGCAGAGUAGACCACUUCCACACAGCCGCUGCGGGGCAGCAGAGAGGCUCCAGCAACAGCAGUGUGGUUCUCCAUUACAACCAAUAGAGGGCGUCAACCCUCUUAUAAGUACUGCAAAAGACUGCAUCUAUACUGUAAUGGAAAAUAGAGGUGUCAGCUGCUCGACUCCUGUUCAAAAUGGAAUUCCGUCAUCCGGUGGUCAUCACCGAGACUCCUAUUCACCUCUCCCUCACAUUCAUCGAGGAAAUGGCCUCAGACCCUCUUGGCCUUGCAACAUUCCACAUUACAAUUUGUUGCCAGAGGGCUGUGGAAUCAAACUGCCUGUGAGUGGCCUUUUAAAUGGAAAUGUUGCACAUCCUGCCCCUAGUCUCCAUUCGAGAGGAACCUCUACUGGUGAAGACUGUCAGAACUGGGUGGAAAAGACUAAUCAAGCAAUGAAAGAUGCUCUCCAGUCAAAUGCAAACUCACACACCGACAUGUCACCUGAACCACCUCCCCUCCCACCUCCACUCCCCAUUAAGACUCGAGACCUGAUACCACAGGACUCAUCCCCUCUAAAUACGCCCCAGUCAGAGGAAAGCCUCUCCCAUUCUCCACCCAUGCUGUCUCGUAGUGGGAGAGCAAGGGUCAGCUUCAGAGAACCAAUCAGCAGCAGCUACUCUGUUGAUGAGGAAGAGGAUGAAGAGGAGAAUGGAGUAGAGCCACCUGACAAUGGGGACAGCCCUCAGGACGAAGAUGAAGUAAAAGGAGGUUUUGGAAGCAGGUCACAUCUACAGAAAGGCAUCCCACCUCAGAUGGAUCUACUAGAUGGAUCCUCUUACCACCAACGCAGUCUGCGGCGUGGAUGGAGUCGUUGCCGCGUUUCAUCUGACCCAAACCUCCACCCGACCUCAGACAGUCGCUCCCGACACGCACAGGCCGACCGCCCUCAACUGGACACUCUGGACCAUGACGAGAGAGAGAAGGAUGCCCCCUCACUGCUCCUACAGCCGGGCCGGCACAAGCACGAAGACUCCUGUUCUACGUGCUCUUCAUCUUCAGACUCGGAGCAAGAGGGCUAUUUCCUUGGACAGCCUAUACCUUUGCCUCCCCAACUUCGAAAACAUCAAGCCAACGAGGAUAAAGACACAAAAGAAGAAGAGCCAGCUCAGUGGGGACUAAGGGGCAGUAUCAGGCGGAGACAAGCUCACAGUCAUGGUGCUAAGGACAAAGAUAAAAACUGCACUGUCUCCUGAUGCAAACACUGGAAAACAUCACACUGUAGUGGCACAAGUAAUCACUGCACAUGAUUUACUGUAUGACUAAUGGAUUCCAACAAGCCACCAUUUUGCUAUUUUGUUAAGUCUUUCAUUCACAAUCAUGCAUUUGAGAAAGAAAAACUAAGGGAUGAUAUUUGAGUGGACUUAUGUACACUUGAUACCUUCAUUUGAACAUGAUGUGACAGAUUUAAGGUCAUUUAGGUCACCAUCUGUGAACAGUGUGUUUUUACAUAUAUUUUCUGAAUUUUAUUUUCAAUUUUAAAUUUAAACAAUUAUCAGUGACCCUUCGGGGAAAUAUUACUUUCACCUCUAAAGUUUUUACAGUCCAGAUAGUAUCAACCAAACACCUCAUAAAUGGGACAUUAAAUAUAUUACAUACAUGAUUAGCUUGACUGUCACUUAUAAUGAGUUCUGUAAUAUAUUACAGCGGUAAUAAAUAAUCAGUAUCUUGGAAUUUAACGUGGAACUAACUCUGGUAGUUACUCAAAAAAAAUUAAAUAAUAGCGAAAACAAUCAAUGUGUAUACAGUAUGUACAAAGGCCAACUACUGCAAAGGGUUUAAUUAUUAUUGUAUUUUGGGAGAGAUUAUAAUGAAUGUUGAAUGAGGCAGGCUUAUUUUGG